AUGUCUGCUGUCGCUCUUGGUUAUCCUUUUCCUACUCUGCUAAAUUGGGACGGUGAAUUUAACCGCCCGGAAUGGCACUUUGCGGGAAGCCAUAUCGCAAAGCUCGAGAGCUUGCUCGCCGUGAUUGAGGAAAUGCUGGGCGGAGGGGAGAUUGAUGGAGGCGCGGACGACGAUGACCUGGCGGUUCUUGUUGAUGCGUAUGAUAUCUGGUUCCAGCUGCCUCCCUCGGUCCUCAUUCAGCGAUACCACCAGCUUAAUAGCGAGGCUAACGAGCGGCUGCGUAAACAAUGGCAAGCUGCACAACGAAAUACAGCUUCUGCCUUUCCAGUAUCCCCUCCAAAGCAGUCCAUCAUCGUCACCACGGCUAAGGAUUGCCAGCCUGACAGUGAAUCCGGCUCUGAUCCUCAUUAUGACCAUUGGCCGCAGUCUCCCAUGCCAAAUGAUCUGUACGGAGAAGGUACCGACCAAGUUCUGCCUCUCCUUUUCGAUCCAGCACGCAAAUACAGAAAGAUUCGGCCCCGCUGCAUCAACAGCGGCAUGAUCAUGGGUACCAUGCGCUCCCUCCGCCAGGUCCUCAGACGCUGCAAGCGAAAAAUCGAGACCGUCACCCGCAGCGGCCGCCAGCUCUGGAGCGAUCAGGCACUUCUGGGCGAAGUCAUUGGCGAUCAGGAGAUGUGGCGGGAGUGGAUGAGAGAACUGGGCAGCUCGUGGGAUGGCAGCAGUUCAAAAUAUGACUUGUCGACUCUCAGCCCAGAGGUUCGCGACAUUGCGGCAAAGGCUCUCGUAGGCGAGCAGUUUGAGUUUGGUAUUGGACUUGAUUACAAUUUCACUACCAUCCCGGCGACGUGCUCUGCAGAGGAAGAUGGCUAUUUCGUCAAACUCGACGACCACAAGGCCGUUGAAGAAGAAUCACUCAAAGCCGGUGUGCCCAACGGCUCUCGCAUUAACAGUAUCCCUAAGGAAUUGGAAUACGAAAAUAUCAACGAAAGUCCUCUUUCCAAAAUCCGAUGGGGCGAAGUUCCUCUCUACACUGAUUUCUUCUUCGGCGUUGCCCCCGUGGGAAUCCACCACAACGCAUACAUCAACGGUCUCAAGUCCUGGCGAUUGAACAACUGGUGGUCAAUGAUGUGGUUCUAUCCUCGGCUACGAGAGCUCGUGUCCGCACAACUGAGGCCACCGCAGAAUAACGAAAAACCAGGGCCUCUUUUAAAUAUAUCAUCGCAGCAAGACGGAGAGCCCAACUUGCUCUACUGGCCACCAAGGAUACAGCGCCAGAAUAAGCAAGUGACUGUGUUUGAACUAGCGAAAGAAGAGCACCCAGCAAGGCUUGUGCCUAUAGACUGGGACGGCGUGUGCCAAAAGGGAAGCAAGCCGUGGCACGAGACGCUGUUCGGGGAUGGAAAGGGAGCGUUGGAGCCACGACGGCCCUGA